CCGUUGCCAGCAACCGGUAUGGAAGGAGAUCCUCUUUUUACUCAUGCUCUGCUUUACUUACUCAUCACUCAUCAACAUUACCAAUUCCCUUCUCUCAUGCUAUUCCUUCGCCCUCCUCCUCCUCCUCCUCCUCCUCCUCCCACUUCCUUAAUAACAUCAACAUAACCGAUGUCUCUUGACGACUCCGCCGCCGAGGAAACCAUAGCCGCCGCCACCACCAAAGCCCACGCUGCCCUCCAAUCUCUCUCCCCUAUAAUCUCCUCCCUUCCUCCUUCCCUCUCCUCCGACGCCAAUCCAGCCGUUGCUCUCCUCCACGACCCCGACCUCGCCGCCCAAAUCUCCGCCGUCCUUCUCCGCCCCGACUCUGGCGUCGGCGACGAUCCCCUGUGCCGCUGGCUCUACGACACCUUCCAGUCCUCCGACCCCGCCCUCCAGCUCGUCGUCCUCCGCUUUCUCCCCACCGUCGCCGCCCUCUACCUCUCCCGCGUCGCCCUCCGCAAUCCCCUCGCUGGCUUCGAGGCCGUCCUCCUCGCCCUCUACGCCCACGAGACCACGGCCCGCGGCGGUCGCCCGACCACCGUCUCCAUCCCCGACCUCUCCCACCCCAGCCUCUACCACGAGUCCCUCACGCCCGCCUCCGCCCACUCGACGCCGCUCAACAUGGCGGUGGUCUCGCCGUGCCUGGAGCCCCACGGCACCGUCAGAUCCACCCGGAGAGCUCGAAUCGUGGGUGUCGCUCUGGAAUUGUACUACUCCAUAAUAUCGCAAAUGCCACUGGGAUCGAAGAUGGAUUUCUGCGAGUUCUGCGGGGUGUGGGCGGGGCAAAGCGGAGAGGAGGAGUCGGCGCCAGCGAGAGGCGGAGGGAGGAUUGGGCUGCCGUGGGAGCUUCUGCAGCCGGUUUUGAGGAUAUUGGGACACUGUCUACUGGGGACGACGGACGGCGGGGGGCUGAGGGAGGCGGCGGGAGCGGCAUGCCGGAGACUGUACGCUAGGGCGCUGCACGACAUUGAUGCGAAGGCAAUUCUGGCGACGCAGAGUCUGGUUAGGCUGGCGACCAUGGCUGCGGAAUCGGACGGUUGGGAUCCCACGGAGAUACCGAAAACUAGAGUAAUAAGCCUUUGAUUCAGAAGCAAGGAAGCAGUUUUGGUAGGGCUCAAUUUUUUAUAUGAUGAAUAAUUGAUUUAGGGUUCUUUUUUUUUUUUUAGAUAAUUUAAUAAUUAAAUUUUUUGGGUGAAAAAUUUUGAAAGAGAAUAAAGCUUAUGAGUUAUUUUAACUUUA